GCAACCGGGUUUGAUUAUUGAUAAACAGGGUAAAGGUAAAUCAGAAGAUGAAAGCCAUUUUUUCUCUUGCUGUCCUCUCAGUUACAAUCCUAAUUAUAGACGGAGAACAUGACAAACUGUUGAAGCCUCCGAAAAAUUUCAGAAAUGGGUCUUCAAAGAUAAACGUGUCUCCAUUGCUCAGAAAAAUCAGAAGUUCUACUUUGGAGCAAGAACUUUUUCCGGCAUCUGAUAACAAACAAAGUGAUGCAUCUGAUGAUGAAAUUGGAGCCAAAUUAAUGGACGAUUUCAUAUAUUUUCUAACAUUAAAAGAUUCAGGACUGCUUGAUAUGUGCCUAUCAUUUCGAAAAUGACGACAACGACCAAAAUUUUAAAGAGGACAAACAAGCCAAAAUAUGUCAAUGUGUGAAGAGUUUGCUUCAAAAUAUACUUUAAUUUGAUUGUGGAUUUUAUUAUGGUUUUUUGUCAGUUAAAAUAAUUAAGGUUUAUU